AUAUAAGUAAUAUAUCUAAGACAAAUUAAAUCACUGCUGCACAAUAAUUUCAUUUGUUUCAUAAUAUUAAACUUCAAAAUAAACUGUUGUAUUUAUUUUCUCAAUCAUGAAUGGGAAAAUCAUAUUUUGUCUUUUGGUUGUGUUUUUUGGUCAAACAUUGUCUGCUACAAAUUUCAUGGCCGGAUCAGAAUUGAAAAAUAUCGCUGAUCAAUUUUCUAAUUCAGCAGUAUCCAUUUCACAGCAUGUAUCAUCGGCAAUUGAUAAUGAUAUUCAAACAUCUCUUAACUGGUUUAAUCUACGCUUAACCGAAUCAUUCAUCAACUUGGAAAGCAAACUCGCUCAUUUAAAAACACUUAUGAAAAGUUAUGCUAGUCCAGAAAUUAUGGAAGCAAUUGAAAGUUAUGAAAAAAAAUUGAAGAAACUUAUCUCUGCUGCUAAGGAAUAUUUCAAAGAAAAAAUAACCCAACCAAUUAACAACAAUAAUAUCGAAAAUGAAAUAGCUAAAUACAGUAAUCAAAUCAUAAAGGCUACUAAAAAUUCUGAAGAUGUUGUAAAUCGAGCUAUUAAUCGUCUUACAUUAAAAUAAUUUAAGAAAUUAUGUAAUUAUUUUAAAAAUUAAUAUACAUAAAGUUUUAUUUAUUAUA